GUAUGCUGGUGGGCUUGGCUGACAUGUGAAGUAGGCAUCCAGUAACUGAUGGUCUGCAACCUUGAGGGGUGCAGCCUAUGUGAACGUCAGCUGAAAUGAGUCAUUUCCUGCAUGGAUACAAAGAAGAUGUGGACUUUCUUCAAGGAGCUUGAGUGGGAGAGAGGGGAUUGGGAUGUUCCUGUCGAUGGAUGAAAGAAAGUGUGCGAAGGAUUGUUUUUGUUUUACAGAAAGAGGGAGAAAAGAGAAAAGAUGAGGGGUACCACAAGAGGGAAAAAUAUAGUUUGGUCGUGACAGUAAAGGUUAAAAAGGAGUUUUCGCUAUGUGAAUAAAAGGGAAGAAAGAAAGAGCUAGAUGACUUGCAGAAAUUAUUUCUGAAACAUAAGUGAAAAGAAGAAGGAAGAGGUCAGAGAAGCGUAUAAAUAGAGAGAUAUUGUAUGUGCCGUCCAACGCAGAUGAAAGUUUGAGAGAGGAGGUUGAGUAGAAAAUUAGAGGGAAGGGAAAACCUGCAUGGAGCAGCCUGAAGAAACGGAGGCAGAGCUGUAAACACAUGGGUUGGAAAGCCAAGGAGGAAGAAAACACUGAACUGUCGCCGCUGUUUGAUGGAAAGCUGCACAACACAGCAGAUAGAUGUUUCCUCGCAUGGAGAUGAAACUUCAGCUGGAACAAAGAAAACAUAGGAGCUUGUCAUUCCCCUCAAGAUGAAGUCUUCCAAGAUUGAGGCAAAGGAGGCUUGUGAUUGGCUUCGAGCAGCAGGGUUUCCACAAUAUGCCCAACUCUACGAAGAUUCCCAGUUUCCAAUCAAUAUUUCCGCGGUGAAAAGGGACCAUGACUUUUUGGACCGAGAUCUAGUCGAACCUCUGUGUCGACGCCUCAAUACUCUGAACAAGUGUGCAUCCAUGAAGCUCGAUGUAAGCCACCCCAAGAAGAAGAGUGAUGACUCUGAUGAAGAUGAUCCUUUGGCUAUCAGUAAGAGGUGGACAUUUGAGUGGAACAGCCGCCGCUGGUCACGUCUGCAGGACUUUCUAUUGGACAGCACUAAUGAGAGCAGCCCAACGGGUCAAGGCGAGGGUUUGCGCAGCACAGUGAGCAGUGAGAGCGUACUGACUGACCUGAGUGAGCAGGAAAUCACGGAGAUCUCCUCACUCCACAGUGAGGACUCGGCCUCCGCAAUGCCUGACUCUAUAUCCAUGGCGUCCCUCUAUGCUUCCUAUCAACCACCGAGGGAACUUCCUCAUUACAACUCCCUUCCCAUUAAAAGCAGCCGCCAUGGGCAAGGAGGAAAGAGUAAAGCCAAAGAGUUUCUACGCAAAAUGGAGCUGAUGCGUACCUGGGGGCCAUCGACAAGGAGGAAAAGCUCAAAUCGGAGACCGCAGCUGGUCAUCAGUGAGCCGGUGUUACAGGGGGAGGAGCCUCAUGCGCUUCAAAUGCUUCAGUGUACUCCCAUCAGCCAAUUAGAAAACAGCCCAAAACACAACCAUCAAACAGAUGGCGAUGAUCCCCCUGUUUCUGACAACAAAACAUCUAAAGUCCAGAUCAUGCUAAAUGUGAGUCCAAGCAAAGAGACUGUAGCGCUGAUUGUUCAGGAGCCUGCAUGUACAAAACCGCGCACUGCCAGCAAGAGAAGCAGCAUGUACCUGGAGGAUAUGGAGUUGCCUUCUCAGGGUAAGAGGACUGACGGUCAGAACCAGUUUGGCAGAAACCAAUUUCGCUCAUAUGAAAACCUCCUCAUUCACAUCCCCAAAGACCACAAGCCAGGCACUUUUCCCAAAGCUCUGUCCAUUGAAAGUCUGGCACCUUCCCCCGGUGACAGGAACAAUAAUCCCCAGUCACACAGCCAAACUUCCCCAAAUGAAAAUGGCCUGGGCGAACCUUUAUCUAAACCUGCCUGCCCUGGAGCUCCGAGAGGCAGCAGGGUGAGUGUUUACGACAACGUGCCAGGCUCCCACCUUUAUGCCAGCACAGGGGACCUUCUAGACUUUGAAAAGGAGGACAACCUGUUUCCUCACUUAGACGACAUCAUCCAGCACGUCAGUGGCUUGCAGCAGAUUGUAGACCACUGGAGCCGCAGUGUUUUGCCCGAGGGGGAGGCACUGGAGGGAGUAGAGCGAGGGGAGGGCAGGGCCACCCCCAGCGAAGGUGAGAGAGACGGGGUCUCCCUAAAUGACACCGAUUCAACAGGGACCAGUCGGGAGAGGCGGGACUCUGGAGUUGGGGCCUCGCUCACAAGACCUCGUCUCCGAUGGCCAAGUUUCAGAACGUCUGAUCAUCUCAACCAGCCAGCAUCUUCACUGCAGAUCAGCAGCCAGUCGGCGGGCCAGCUGAGCCUGCUGCAGAAGUUUUCUCUGCUCCGCCUGACCGCCAUCAUGGAGAAAUACUCCAUGUCUAACAAACAUGGCUGGACAUGGUCCGUGCCUAAGUUUAUGAAGCGUAUGAAGGUCCCAGACUACAAAGAGAAGAGUGUGUUUGGCGUUCCUCUGAUUGUUCAUGUCCAGCGCUGUGGGUUCCCACUUCCUCUGUGUUUACAACAGGCCCUCAGCCACCUCAGGACUUACUGUCUGGACCAGGUGGGAUUGUUCCGCAAGUCUGGUGUAAAGUCCCGGAUUCAGGCUUUGAGGCAGCAGUGCGAGUUGUCCCCUGACUGUGUAAACUACGACGACCAAUCUGCAUAUGAUGUGGCUGACAUGGUCAAACAGUUCUUCAGGGACUUACCCGAACCUCUGCUUACAAGCAAACUGGGGGAAACUUUCCUGCACAUUUACCAAUAUGUUCCAAAAGAACAGCGGUUGCAGGCUGUCAGGGCAGCCAUAUUGCUGAUGCCUGAUGAGAACAGGGAGGUUCUGCAGACUCUGCUCUACUUCUUGCGGGACGUCACCUCCUUGGUGGAGGAGAACCAGAUGACGCCGAUGAACCUCGCUGUUUGUCUGGGCCCAUCUCUGUUCCACCUCAGCAUCCUGAAGAACGAGACGCUGUCACCAAGGUCAAUCCAGAAGAAGUACGCUACAGGCCGUCCCGAUCAGAAAGACCUGAGUGAGAACCUUGCUGCCACACAGGGCCUGGCACACAUGAUCACAGAGUGCCAACAUCUCUUCCAGAUCCCAGAGGAAAUGGUGACCCAGUCCCGCAACUCCUACAUGGAGGCUGCGCUGAUGGUGCCCCCACUGGAGGAGCUUUGCAAGGUCCAGGAGGAGGAAGAUGUGGAUGAGGAAGUGGAAGAAGAGGAUGAGGAAGCAUCCUACAAUGCACACAUAGAAGGGCUGAUCCAGAACUUGCUGAAAGAGGCCAAGGACAAGAGUAAAGGCUGGGUGUCCCGCUUGUCUUCUGACAACACGGAGCUGACAUUUAAAAAGGUUGGAGACGGGAAUCCUCUGAGGAGGUGGCGAGUUUGUCUGGAGGUGUCAGCGUCUCCCUCUGAGGUCCUGCAGCGGCUUCUGAAGGAGCGCCUGCUGUGGCAAACGGAGCUCCAGCAGGAGAAGAUUCUGGAAACGUUGGACAAACAAACAGAUGUGUAUCAUUACACCUGCUGCAAUAUGGCGCCUCACCCGUGCUAUGACUAUGUGGUACUAAGAUCAUGGCGUACAGACCUUUGUAAAGAAUCCUGUGCGCUGGUGUGCGUGUCCGUCGAGCAUGAUGACAGCCCACGUGUUGGAGCUGUGAGGGGCGUUGUGCUGGAGUCACAAUAUCUCCUUGAGCCCUAUGGGACGGGGAAGACCAGGCUCACACACAUCUCCAGAGUUGAUCUCAGGGGACGAUCUCCAGAAUGGUACAACAAAGCGUUUGGUCAUUUGUGUGUUAAUGAAGCCCAGAGGAUCCGCUCCUCAUUCCUCCCAGGCGAUCAGAGUCCUGAGGCGAAGAAUUGAGCUUCAAACAUAAUUCUUCAUCCUGGAAACCAGUUUAAUCACCCAGGCGAUCUUUUCUUGGUGCUAAGUUCUGCUCAGACAUGGAAUCAGUAAUUUGGGGCUUUUAAAGAUUUAUAAGACCCAUCCAAUAUGGGUUUUGAGUAAAUUGAUUAUAAAACAAAAACCGUCAGUGAUUUUUGACAGGAAUAACUACAUACACUAGUUCAAAUUAUGUGUACAUUUUCUGUGAUAAACACAAGGUCCAAAUUAUCAGGUCAGUAUUGGUAAUGUAAUUGCUUUUAAGCCUUGUUCCUGCACUGUCUUAAACAGUUCAGUGUUCUCUGGUUUACAGCCUCGCCUUCGCUCCUCAAAGCAAUCUUCAAUGUAGAUGUGGAACAUCUUCCGGUUAAAAUUAAGCUUGAACCUUGAUGGGUGUUAUUAUGUUUUUUUUAAAAUCAACAUUCAAACCAAUUUUGCAACAUUCAAACCAAUUUUUAAACCAAUAUAUUAAUGAAAAACAGAGGCCAUGCCACAAAGCCGUUCACUUUAAACAAACUUUGCCAGUUAUGCCAAGAGGAGUGAUCAAUUCUCCAGCCAGAAUAAUGGCAAAUAAUUAUAUAUUUGUAGAAUAAAAAGGGUUGCUCAUUUCCAAUUUGUCCUAUAUUAAACCCCCCAAAUUAAAAUGAUGUUAAUAUCCAUGAUGAGUAGAUGUAAACUUCUGACUUGGAUUGUACAUUAUGCUGACUGGGCACAUAGAAGAAAAGUGUUUUUAUUUUUAUUUCCAGGUAUUUUUCGACAUAAUAUUUUAAUGUAUAAUAUAAAUUAUGAUAUUGCUUUUCAGUCACAAUUUCAAGAUUAUUUCCAGUUGUGAAUGUGUUCAAUCAUCAGAAUUGCAAUUUACUUUGCAAGUACUUGUAGCUAAGUGCAUAAUGAAAAGGAUGAUGUCUUGUAGAUAGAAAGCAAAUUCCCUAUUUAUUGCUUUGAUUUGUUCUACCAAAUACAUAGCAUUUAUUUUUAACAUCUUGAACAAACAAAACAAUGAGAGAUUAUGAUAUAACGCUUUAUUCCCCAUUGUACUUAUCUACAAUUUACAUAUCAUGUAAAUUUAUUUUCAAAUUAACUGUCUAUGGAAGCUCAUAUAUUAUUAAAAUAAAGAUUAUUUAUUACUAUUACAUUUCUCAAUAUUUGCGAAAACAUCACAAGUCCUGCUUAUUCUAUCAAUCUUAGAUUUAUUUUUAAAUUAAUCUGUAAAAACAGGUCUUGCUCACCUGUAACUUGACUUUAUACCAGUGAACUCUUUACAAAUAACAUGGGAAUAUGAUGUAUCUCCAGCUUUAUCUUGAUGAUAUGCCAAAUCAUUGCUCCAUUUGCACUUACAAAAGUAUCAAAGUAAUUACAUAAAAAUAUCAGAGCUCUUUUAAAAGAAAAACAAAAAACAAAAUAUGGAUACAUGUCAGCACUGUGUUGUAAAAAGUCCACUUGUUUCAUGUCCACACAGAGUCCUGAACCACAUUGAAGGGGACGCAAUCACUGGGUCCAUAAAUGUGUUUUUUAUAUUUUACGUACGCUUUCACAGAUGAUUUCCCUUUUCAGUCCCCACUUUCAGUGUUAAUCUUAUUCAAAGGUGUUCUUUUAUCUCUGUAUAUGGUAUUAUGGUGGAUUUUUUUCUCUUUUGUGUUAUACAAUGUCUAAGACAUGAGACCAUUUCACUGCUUCUGGGAAGCAUGUUUGAAACUUAGCGUGUGUGCAUGGUUGUGCCCGUGUAUCUGCAUUUCAAACACACUUACAGCCUGUACUGUAAACUCUCUGCAGCGCUCUCUGUGCCAUCACAGCUCUUCAGCGUCUUCCUAUCAUAUUGAUAAGCUGAAACGUGAAAUUUCCACACACCAUCCGUAGGGAAGCAAUAGAGGAAAACUCGCUCCACUGUGGUACUGCCCUGGCUUUAAUGUUUGUUUCCACUGUAGGCAGCAUUGCCAUGGUGUUGCUAUGAUAUAAUAUCUCCACAGUGCCACCAUAAUCCUCGCGUGGAUGCCUUUUGCUGGGUGACAGUGGCGCGUGUGCAUGUGUGUAAGAAAGGAUUGAGAGACUCUGACGUGAGACCUCCGCUGUUUGUGGAGAGGUUCCAAACUUAGCUUAGAGCUGGAGGAUUUAUGCUUGUUAUUUUUGACAGUGACUGAAAACAAAGCUAUUGUUUCUAAAGAGGAGAAUAAAAAUUUAAAAGUGCA